AUGGUUCCCUACAAUGGAGCUCGCACGAAAGUGCAGCUCAAGCUCACCAUUCAACGGUGUAAGAUGCUCCAAGAGAAAAAGGAAGCCAUGGCCAAGCAAGCAAGGCGGGACAUCUCUGUCCUCAUCGAAAAGGGGAAACUCGAAACUGCGCGUAUCAAAACAGAAGGCAUCAUCUCAGAAGACAUCCAUCUCGAACUGCUCGAACUCAUGGAGCUCUACGCUGAAACGCUGCUCGCACGCUUCGCCCUGCUCGAUCUAUUCACGCGCGAACCGGAUGUCACCAUAUUGCCAGCACUUUGCGCCAUCAUCCACGCUGCACCGCGUACCGAGCUGAAAGAGCUGCAUGUACUACGCGAGAUGCUCAUGGCAAAGUUCGGCAGAGAGUUCGCUCAAGACGUCAUGGAUAACAAGGAUGGAUGCGUGCCAGAACGCGUGAUGAGCAAGUUAAUUGUCGAGACACCGGAUGCCAAGCUGGUAGAUCUGUAUAUACUUGAGAUCUGCAAGGCGUACGAUGUGCCAUUUUCAUCGCCUCUCUUGCCUGAAACAAAGGUCAAGGAGGUCGAGGAAGCAAACGAAGCAGAGGAGCAGGCAGACUUGGAUCAGGAAAAGGUGACAAACGAUAAUGGAGAUAAAUUGAAGACGGAGAAAGAGACCAGCAAAGCGACAGCGACAGCGACAGCGACAACGACAACGAAAGCUGCAAAGGCGGAUGGAGCAGCAGGCGACACACAAGACAAGCCAAGACUGCAGGAUUCGGCGCCACCACGCAAAAAGACGGACAAGGAAGAGUACGAUUCGCUAGAAGCACGAUUUGCUGCGCUCAAACGUCGGUGA